CGCCCGGUGAGUCACGCGCCGCCGCAGCGAGGGGCUUCAGUUUUGAGCGCGGCCUUAAAGGACGCGGCGUCUCCUGUAACCGCAGCUGCCCGCGCGCGGUGCAGUCGUACUGCUCGUGCGCGGCGUCCCGCAGAACCGCUUCUUCCGCGCCCAGCCGGACGCGCGGGCUCCGCCCGGCCGGCAGGGGGCGCCCUUUGGCGCAGCCUGCGCGACCGCGACCGCCCCGCGCCCGGCGGACAAGAUGGCGGCGCCGCUGAGGGCGGCGAAGUGGCUGCGGCUGGCGGGUGGCGGGCCCGGCCUCGCUCUGACUCGUUCUGCGUUUUUCGCAAGAAAGCGUGUGUAUGAUCAACCGAGCUGGGUUGGAGUCGGCUUGGCUUUCACCACCAGCGCUGCCCUGUGGGCUUUUCUUUUCAAGCAGCAUAAUGAAGAUGUAAUGGAAUAUGAAAGAAGAAAACAAGAGAGGCAACAUAAGUGUACAGGUUGUUCAUAGCUGACCAAACGUUCAAUAAGAAAUAUCAUCAGUUGCGUCCUGUGAAUUAAGGAUACAGCAGACCUGUCGAGAAGUAUUUAAACCCUUAUCUGUUCAUUCAUUUCACAUGCAAAAUUAUAAAAUAAAGCGUGGAAGAAGCUUCUGAAGA